AAUUCCCCAAUGGGUUCUACCGAGCCCGCCCGCGACGAGCAGCAGCGCGAAGCCCGCCGCAAGCGCCGACAACGUCGUCGAGCGCGACGCAAGGCCGGCUGUAUUCCGUCCUCUUCCGCUGAAUCUGGGUCUGAAGAACAUGUCGGAGGUACUCAAGAAGAAGCUGAUUCAUUCUCAGGGCAACCACCUGAGAGGAUUGGCAAAAAAGGAAAAUCACCCGUGAGUAUUUUGGUGGAGGAGAAGGACCUGGAUUCGUACCGUCGCGACUGGGAAUCCUCUUGGGGCGGCAAGUUUGGCCUCUUCCGAGACUACACUUGUGUGAGAGCCAUGCUCUUCACAUGUAAACCCACCCCGCCACAUGCUGGCGUCAAAACUUGCUUGCAGGUUUUCUCCAUCAGAGUCACAGAGAUCGAUGAUGGUCUCGAGUGGCCACUUGAGGUCUAUGGCUUGGUUGCCACCCGAGACUCUGUGGAUCAUAAUCGCAACAUUAUCUUCAGACGUGGAAGGGAUGCCUGCAAAAUUAUCAAUGAACAGGAUUCAUUUUUGCCGUUGCCUGGCCCGUCUCGUGCGGUCGUGUUCACUGACCCUGUCGAUGUCGAAAUCCAACUAAAAGUGAAGGGCAGAACAGAGCCUGAAGACAAAGAUUUGAUCUCCAACGUGCUAGUAUACAGACAUGAUUUCAGUAGUGACAGUUCUGGCAGUGCAGGCAACCUCGUGCGUAGCAGUUGUUCCAGCCAGUACUGCGCACUGGAGCUCACCUCCGCACUAAUCGCCCGAGCGGUUGAGGCCACCAUCAUUAAUGCCGAAGUUAUCCAGGGCCGAUGGCCGAAAAACUUGGGAAUCCGUGUCAUCUCUGGUACCACCAGCAUAGAUGAGGAUUUCAUACUGCUCGAUGCUCGAGACGGAAGGUUUCGGGUUGAUCUAGCUGAUGGUCUCAUACGCCUUUCCAGAAACAUUGUGUGCGUAGAACAAGAUGGAGGACUGAAACUCUCUGUAGAGGCUUACAAGAGAAACGGAGAUAUCUAUGAAGGAUCCGCCGUUACAGUCUUGAGACCCAAGAGAUUCUCUGCGAGUCUUGGUAUAUGUAAGCUUAACUUCUGCACAGUUCGGUUCACUGUCGGUUGGUCAUGCCUUGCAACAGUGAGUGAUCUGAUGGCCUAUGGUAUCUGAAUCUGGUACAAUUAACCAUUUGGUCGUGUAGCAUAGUAUUAGAGGAUACCAUUUUCCUGUAUCCACUUAGCGGUUCCAGACU